GUAAAAAAAAAAAAAAACAACUGCGUAUUUUUCACCGGCGUUUAAAUAUUUUAACCUAAAAAUUAAAACAAAAGAUCAAACAAUCGGCGACAGCAACAAUAAAUUACCGAGUAAACAAUGGCGAGUUCAACAAACUUUCGGCUUAAAUUAAAUUUAUCGAAAUUUUAUAACGAUGCCAGAAAAUUGAGUUUCGUUUACGUUGACACGUCAGCAAUAAAUAAUGUCAUGCAAUUGCACUCUAAAAUCGCAAAUACUUUUGGAAUUGUGGAUUCGUUUUACCUCAUUACGGAGAAUAAUAUUUUCUUACCUUUCGUUGAAGAUAUCAGAAUUAUUCAGCCGAAUGAUGUUAUCACAGUUAUCCCUGGAUGCCCUGGAUUGUCAAUUGAUGCUCCAGCACCAAGUAGGACAGUGACUCUUCCCAGCAAAGUUGAACCGUCAAAACCUGAAUCGCCGCAUCAGUCAGAAGAAUCCGAUAAUACUGAAGUCGAAGUCUUUGACAAUUCAAUAUCAGAAAAUAAUGUCGAUACUGACAUUAAAAAUGUCAACUCUCCAAGUACGGUUCCGAAGAAAAAACGCAAAAGAGUCCGACCUCGUCAUAAAAAAAAUAAAAAUACCCUGGAAAAAGAAGAGGGAAUGGAAAGUAAAAUUUGUCAGCAAAAUGGAUUUUCUAAUGGAACAAAUGGGAUUAAAAUAAACAAUGAAAAAUUAACACCGAAGCAUUUAAAAUUUAAUUCAGACGAUGAAAAUCUUCAAGUGACGAAUGACAAGAAAGGAAAUGGAAUACCCGCCCGUACAAAACCAACUGUUCGUUCGAAUGAAGCUGCAUCUUUAUCAACGUUGCUCAGUUUAAAAAAUAAUCCCGUUCCCGUUACCUACUCCAGCAAAAGAGUGAGAUCUAAUUCGGAAAUUUCUCAUACGUCAAAUGUCUCGCGUGUGUCUCAGUCUCGUGGACCCGGAAAAAAUAAUAAUGUAAAGAUGGAGACAUCUCCAGCAUCUCCGCCGGUCAGUUUACCCGAAAAUCUAAGCAAUGGAUCAUCGGAUAUUGAUUUUUCAAAAGUAAAUCCGCUUGACUAUCCCGUCGUUCCUGGCGCGGGAUUUGAAAUUGAUGACGUCGUUGCAUUCCGCACUUUGAAAAUCGGGGAAGAUUAUUCUCCAACAGUCUCUGGGUAUAUUAUCGCCAAAGUUUGCGCCCGAGAUCAUAACUCCGAUGACUACAUGUUCAAAAUAAUCGAUGGACACGACCAAAUAAAAACUCCAGAGGGUAAAUUUACGCUACCGUCCGACAAUAAUGGUGACGAAAAUAAAGUCGAAGUUAACAACGAGCUGAUAAAUUUAAAUUCUGUUCAUUUGGUUGAGCCGCGAUUAAUUCAUCGUGCCAAGUGAUUUUUUUUUAUAAUUGUUUUUUAUGUCGUGUUUGUUCAAUGUCUAGUAAUUUAAAAACUCACAAUUUAUAAUUUAUAAUAAUAAUAAUAAUUAUCAUUAUUAUUAUUAUAUUUAAUUAAGAGUUAAUUAAUUGUGAGUUUUUCGUAAUAAUUAAUCAACGUUUAUGUUUUUAUAAUUUAUAUUAUAUAUGAAUAUGAUACACAGAAAAAAAUAUUUCUUGGCGAAAAAAUUUUAAUCACCGAAGAAAAUUUUCACCUGCCCCAAUUUUUUGCAUCACAAAUCGAAAACCAAAAUUUUCUUGGGCAAGAAAAAAUUUUCUUAAGACUAAAAAAAAUUUUGUUGGCACAAUAACUUUUUUUUCGCCCAAGAAAAUUUUUUUUUGCUCCAUGAAAAUGUUUUCUAGUCCAAAUAAAAUUUGAAUGAUUCUGAAGUUAGGAGACAAUUAAAAAUUUUUGGUUUUUUUUUUUCAACAAAAAAACAAAAACUAAAAAUAUGCACAUGUAGAGAAUUUAAAAAACUGCAGGUGCAAUUUCUUCAAAUAUUUUUUUUUUAUAAUUUAUUGCAUAAAAAAAAAUCCAAAAAUUAGUAGACGUCGGCUAACGUCAGAAUCAUAAAUUUUAAUGAUCCUGAAGUUAGCAGACAAUUGAAAAUUUUCGUACUUUUUUUCCAACAAAUCAAUUAUAAAAAAACAAAAACUAAAAAUAUGCACAUGUAGAAAAUUUAAAAUACUACAGGUGCAAUUUUUUCAAAUAUUUUUUUUUUAUAAUUUAUUGCAUAAAAAAAAAUCCAAAAAUUAGUAGACGUCGGCUAACGUCAGAAUCAUAAAUUUUAAUGAUCCUGACGUUAGCAGACAAUUAAAAAUUUUCGGGUUUUUUUUUCCAACAAAUCAAUUAUAAAAAAACAAAAACUAAAAAUAUGCACACGUAGAAAAUUUAAAAAACUACAGGUGCAAUUUUUUCAAAUAUUUUUUAUUUUAUAAUUUAUUGCAUAAAAAAAAUCCAAAAAUUAGUAGACGUCGGCUAACUUCAGAAUCAUAAAUUUUAAUCUUAGAUUCGUAGUUUAAAAUUUUUUUAGCGCCAGGAAAUAGUUUUUCUGUGUAGUGAUUAAAUGCUGGCAACACUCAAGACUUUGUGUGGUAGCAGAUAAAACCUAAAGUAAGCUCACAUUGUACCAACUUCCGGCAAAAUCGCUUCUCAUAAAGCUCCUUCAUUGACAGGCUUUACCUUUUAAGCUCUUUGGUAUCAUUAUUAACGUUAACGUUGUAUGCUCUAGGGCGCAAGAACGUGUUAGUUUAUACCGUUUGCCAGUCAGAUUUCAGUGAUAAGCUCCAUUCAAUUUAUAACCGAACAAAGAGCUUUCAGACGCUUUCUAUCAUAAGGGUCGAUCGUGGUUUGACGAAGAAUCGAUUCUGCCAGUUACCUUUUCAAUUCCGAUAUCUCACAUAAAUUUACGCCUCUCUAAAAAGCUUUUUCAUCA